AUGACAGCCAGCAAGCAAGCCAGAUAUGCUGGUGGAGAUCUCCCAGACAUUCUGCAACAAGCUCUCCUCCCCGUGGUGGACCACAGCACCUGCACUCAGAGAGACUGGUGGGGAAGUUCCAUUAAGACCACCAUGAUCUGUGCUGGCGGGGACAUACAGUCUGGCUGCAAUGGGGACUCUGGCGGACCCUUGAACUGCCAGGCGGCUGACGGGAGAUGGGAGGUCCAUGGCAUUGCCAGCUUUGUGUCGUCCCUCGGCUGUAAUGCUCUGAAGAAACCCACAGUAUUCACUCGAGUUUCCGCAUUCAACGACUGGAUCAACAAUAUAAUCAGCAAUAACUGAACAUGAAGACACCGGAGCAGCCUGUGGGGGGGCGCUAUAUUACUGUGAUUAAUUAUCAUUUCCAAUAUUUUCCCGAAUAAAGAGCAAUACCCCAGAAUUCG